CUUACCCCGCUUCCUUCGGAAGCCCGAAGCCUGAAGCCGGAGGACUCACCUUCCCCAGCCUCUCCAGAUCCUGGUUACUAGGACGGCCCCUGCAUACCACCAGGAGAGGGCACACGUCCAGCAGCUGACCCAGGAGGCUCAGCUACCUGCCAUUUUCUGGGGUACAGAAGUUCAACCUUCAGAGCUUUGAUGAGAACAUAAUGGAAAGCCCCCCAUCUUCUUGCAAGAGGCAUUUCUCAAAGGCAGAAAGUCGCUGGCGUAUUCUCUGAAGCUCCAGGACGCUGCUCUUUUCUCAUGAGCUGCAGAUACCCUAUCACAGCGCUGGCCUCCUGGGAAGCAUCAAGCGUCAAGAACUCAUGGAACUCAUGGCCUUGAUGGACUGACGGACUGGUGGAGCUAGUGAGGUUGGAGCAUGAUCACGGGAUGAUGACGAUACUGAUGUUGGUGGUGGAGAGAUGCUGAGUUGGGUGAUAAUACUGAGGGCCCCCAGGAGCACAGUUUCAAAGGAGAGCUCCUCAGACCCGGGACCCAUCCCUCAUGCAGAACCCGACAACAGUGUCCUAUGCAUUAUGGAUAUGGGCUGUGUCACCACCACAGUGCCCCAGAUGCUGGUACACCUGGUUUCCAAGAAGAAGACCAUCUCCUACAUUGGAAGCGUGACCCAGAUGUACAUCUUCUUGAUGCUAGGAAUCACUGAGUCUUGGCUUUUUGCAAUCAUGGCUUAUGACAGGUAUGUGGCCAUUUGCCAUCCCCUGAGGUAUAAAGUCAUCAUGAGUACUUUGCUAUGUGGGUCAAUGGUGGCCUUCUGUGGGUUCUGGGGUAUCAGCUGUGCCCUGAUAUACACUGUCUCUGUCAUGAUUCUUCCCUAUUGUGGUCCCAAUGAGAUCAAUCACUUCUUCUGUGAAGUACCUGCAGUCUUAAAGUUAGCCUGUGCAGAUACAUCUCUCAAUUAUCAGGUAGACUUCAUCUUGGGCUUCAUCCUUCUGUUGGUUCCACUCUCCCUAAUCAUCAUCGUGUAUAUCAAUAUUUUUGCUGCCAUCUUGGGGAUUUGCUCAGCCCAAGGGCGGCUCAAGGCCUUUUCCACCUGUGCUUCCCACAUCACUGUGGUCACUAUGUUCUCCAUACCAUGUAUGGUUAUGUACAUGAGACCUGGUUCUGAGUCUUCCCCAGAAGAGGACAAGAAGUUGGCUCUAUUCUACAAUAUCAUCUCUGCUUUCCUCAACCCCAUCAUCUAUAGUCUUAGGAACAAAGAUGUGAAGAGAGCUUUCCGUAAAGUGACAGGCUGGGGCAAAGCACCAGAAUGA